GCCCUUUAUUUGAUUUGCUAUUUACAACUUUGCCAUUGUACUUUAAUGAAGACAACAAGUGUACAUGUAUAUUGAAUCACACGUGUCUUUGACUCUUUUCUUUGAAAAAACAAUCAGUUUUCUAUUUUCUACGCUCAGGAUUCCUCGUCAAGAGCUUAGUUCCUUUCUGUACUCAUCUGAAAUUAAUCCGCGGAUCCGGUGAAUAUCUUCAUAGAGGAGUAAUCUAGGUAAACCCUUUUAUGGUUUUGAGUUUAGUUCAAUUUUAUCUGAAUUUCAGAUCUUUGGUUUAAGUGUUCAUAAUUUAUUUUCGUUGUUUUUUGUUAGUCUAAAUUUGAUUUGUAUGUGCAUGUUAGGAUUAUGAUUUAGAUUUUUUAUUUUUUGCAAUUUAUUGAAUUUUUAAUAUGAUUGUGAAACUGGGUGGGAAAAUUUACCGCUGGAGACGGUUGUUAAGGCUGAGUAACAAUUAAGGAAGAGGGGCACUGUUAUCCGUUGCCGCCUGCUACAGAGAAAAGAGAAUUGAUGUCAUUGUUUCUUUUUGGGGCUUACUAUUUACCGCCCCACAUUACUCAAAACCGCCCUAAUAUUUUACCUAUAUAACCCACUUUAUUUACCCCUUUAUUUUUAACAUUUACCAUUACCAUUUAUUUUUUUACCGCUUCCCCCACAUCACUGCCGGAGCACCACCGCCGGACCACCACUGCCGGAGCGCCGCCACCGGAGCACCACCGCAGCCGGAGCACCACCUCCUGCCGGAGCACCACCGCCGGUGACUGUAGCCCGGAGCACCGCCGCCGGAACCCACUUCCAACACCAUGCCGACCACCACAAUGCGAAACAACUUUUACAUGGCCGAGACUACCGGAGGAAAUUCAAAUUCACAAGAGGUUCCGUUGCUAGAUUUUGGAAGCGAUGGUAUUAAUUAUAAUCCAAAAUUCGUAACUUCUGAAAUAUUUUCGAGUGAUGAUGCUGCUGUUGAGUGGGCUAGAAACAUUGCUAUUAGCAAUGGUUUUAAGCUUGUGAAGUCCUCAUGGAAACGAGGAGAAUUGUACUUGCGAUGUAACCGCGGUGAAAGAAAUAGAGGCAAAGGAAGAAAUUUGGAAACUGCGGAACGACCAAACACGAAAACUCAAGCAUGUGGUUGCAAGUUUUUGAUUAAGGUGGCACCAUGCAAAGAUGGUGAAGGUUGGAAUAUUGUUUUGGGUCCUGAACAACAUGGUAUUCACAACCAUGAAUUAAUUACAUAUCGAGAGGGCAAUCGGCAGAUGAGAGGCCUUAGUCUAGGCGCAAAGCAACUUGUUCGUGAUAUGUCUUCCGCUCAAGCAAGGCCAAAUGUCAUAUUAACAUCCUCAUCCUCCAAAGCGAACUCGGCCUCCAGCUCCUGCUCAAAGCCAUGAUCCACAUCCUCAUCAUCAAACGGACGAGAAGACUCACUCUCAUGCACCGGUUGCAUCACUUGUGCAACCUGCUUCUCUCUCCUAACUGAAGCAUCAAUACAUCGAUCUCGAGUAUGUCGAGCACCAGAGUCAACAUCGCUAGUGAGAUACACGGAGGAAGA